AUGUCGAAUCCUGAGCCCAUAGUGUCUAGGCCUAAAGGUUGGAUUCCUAUGGGGUUAGCAACAAUGUGUUCUGAUAUUAUUAAGGCAAUUGAUAAUGAUAAUCUCAAACCACUAGAUGACAGGUUGAAACUUUGUUCAUUCAUAUCCGGGCCAUUAAAACCCAAUGAGAAGGAUUUGGAAAUAUUUAAGAUGCUGAAGAAGGCCCCUGCGGGAAAAUUUUUGCACGCCUGCAGAUGGUAUAAUCAUAUAGACGCAUUGGUUAAGAAAGGGCUAUUGUCGGAUAAGAAAGACGAAGAUUUUGAUCCAUUUGGUGAUGAUGAUAGUGAUGAGGACGAUUCCCUCAAGAAAAAACAGGAUCAAUUGAAUGCUAAGAAGAAUAAGAAAUCUGAACAGGCUAAAUCCCUUCUGGUAAUUCAUAUAGAGCCUGCUAGCCAAAACACUAAUUUGGACCAUGUACUCAAAUUAGUGAAGGGCAUCCAAAUGGAAGGUUUGACUUGGGGAGAAAGUUCCAGCAAAAUUCCUAUUGCCUUUGGAAUCGAAAAAUUACAAGUUUCUUGCACUAUCUUUGACGAUCUAGUGUCUACUGAUGAGUUGCUUGAAAUGAUAGAAGAAUUGGGCAUGAGUGAGGAAGAUAAAUUGAAGUUGCAAAACGAGGAUGAAGGAGAUGAGGAUGAUGAUAUUGGUUUAGUACAAUCUGCCACUAUAGCUUCCUUUAACAAGCUCUAA